GCUGCUCUGUGCCACGCUGCAGUUUUCCAAACCCACUUACCUCACCCAUCGCUGUCACUUUUCCUCAUGGCAUGUCCUCACUGUUCAGAUUCCACUUGCCAAUCCAAACAUGGAUUCCGGGUGACAGCGUUUCCUGAGAUGUUGUCUCAUGUGAUCGUUCUGCUCCUAUCCCAGAAUUCACUAUUCCACAUGACCUCUACAGCCAAUCCACUCCCUGGACACCCUAUUUAAGUUCCCCAAGUGCAUUAGCACAUUGCCAGUACAACUUGUCUCACCGCUAGUUCCUGGGAAUCUGCUGACAUUAUCUGCCUGUCAUUCUCUGACAGUAUUCAGCUAUCCUGUACUAACCUCGCAGCACUGUGGUAGUGCCCACCUGUGUGCUCCUGUCUGCAAUAUGCCAAGACCUGCUGGAAGCCUUGUUGCAUUCCCUAUCUAUAACAGCCUGUCCAACAUUUCCUGGAACUUCCUGCACCUACCAACCCGAGGACUUACCGGUUCCCUGUGAGCAGUCUACACCAGCAUAUUCCUGCAAACAGCUACUAUCGUCUGCUAAUUCAGUGCAAGUUUCAAACAGCAUUUCAGUGUGCUUCAACUUCAGCCAAACUCAGCAUCUGUGCUGUAUACAUUCAUCCAGCUUCCAUUCCAUAUCAUACCUGCAGAGGGCGCAUGUAAUGACUGGGGAAGCUGUUGCCCUGAAGAAAGUGGCACUACGGAAACUGGAAGAGGGGAUUCCCAACCAGGCUCUGAGAGAGAUAAAAGCUCUGCGUGAGAUAGAGGACAAUCCACAUGUAGUUAAAUUAAGGGAGGUGUUCCCACAUGGGACAGGAUUCGUGCUGGUCUUUGAGUACAUGCUCUCGGAUCUCUCUGAAGUCAUCAGGAACUCUGACCAGCCACUGACCGAGGCCCAGGUUAAGGGUUACAUGAUGAUGCUGCUAAAAGGGGUCAAGUUCUGCCAUGAGAACUCCAUCAUGCAUCGGGACCUUAAGCCAGCAAAUCUACUCAUCAGCUCCACUGGCCUCCUCAAGUUAGCAGACUUCGGCCUAGCCCGGGUCUUUUCCAACGACAGAGGACGUAUGUACAGCCAUCAGGUGGCCACCAGGUGGUACCGAGCACCCGAACUGCUGUACGGCGCCCGCAAGUACGACGAGGGAGUGGAUUUGUGGGCGGUCGGCUGCAUAUUUGGAGAACUUUUGAAUAGUUCCCCUCUAUUCCCCGGAGAAAACGACAUUGAGCAGCUGUGCUGCGUCCUGCGGACGUUGGGGACGCCCAAUGUAAAGUCUUGGCCAGAAAUUACAGAGCUCCCAGAUUAUAACAAGAUCUCCUUCAAAGACCAUCGCCCCCUUCCUCCUGAACGCAUCGUCCCUGACACCUCCCCCGAGGCCCUGCAGCUCCUCAUGCGGUUCCUGGUGUACCCGUCCGGCCAGAGGAUCCGAGCAGCUGACGCUCUUCUUCACCCGUACUUCUUUCUGGAGCCACUUCCCGCUCACCACUCAGAGCUGCCCAUUCCCCAGAGGGGCGGAAGGAGGAACCGGCAGCUGCAGAGAGAGUUCCAUACAGAGCAGCCCUUAUGCGAGAGCCUGCUGGACCCGGCCCUCCUGGGCGGCUACCUUCAGGGAUUGUGACCACAGGGGUUACGCUUUAUUACAUUACACUUGGACGUCUUGCUUUUGGUUACUGUCUCACUCUUAAGAUCGUCAACAACUGAAGACCUGGCUGUGAUCUCGGCUCUUUGUCACGGCAGGGGCCCCGGGCUCUGUGUCAUUAUGAGCCCCGGGCUGUGUGUGUUCCCGAUUCUAUCACAGUCAGGGGCUCCUUGCUCUCCCCAUUAAAACCCCAGUGCUGUGCGUUAGUUAGUUGGUAUCCCUGCCUCUGUAUGAUAGCCGGGGGGCUUCGGGGCCCAUGGCUCUUACCGUUGCUAUCUAUGGUUUCAUCUCAGCCACUGCUCUAUCAUUCCUGACCUCUGGGUCUAUGCAGCGAGUAGCGUGGGGCUUUGUGAUACCGUUAGCCAGGAUCUCCAAGCUCUGUGGUCCUCAGGAGCCACUAACUGUGUACAGCAGUAGAACAGGGUUAUGUGAAACAGUUGGAACUUUCACCUCUGUGCCACGACCAGGGGCCCCGGGGCCCUCUGUCAAAGAUAUGAGCCCAGUGCUAUGUAUCGCAUUCUGUAUCCCAGAAACAUAUGGGUCUUCAACCUGCGGCCCUCCAGCUGCUGUGGAACUACACAUCCCAGCAUGCCCUGCUACAGUUUAAGCACACCUUAAUAGCAAAACUGUGGCAGGUCAUACUGGGAUAUGUAGUCCCACAGCAGCUGGAGGGUGACCAUCCUCCUGGUUGUGAGGUCGCGGGAUUCAGGACUUCCCUUCUCCUCCUGUACAUGUGUGUAUAUUUCUAUCAUGGAAUUGUACAUCUGUAUAUAAUUGUUAAUAGAGAUUGUUUAUCUGAGCCCACAAUACUGUUCAUAAAAUACAUCCAUCUUUCA